GUCUCUUCGCUUUUGGCAAACGAAACAGAGCGAGACGAAACAGAGGACACAGCCUCCUCGGCGCUUCAGCCCUUCACCUCGUGCCGUCGCCGCCAUCAUCGUCCUCGCCGCGCCGCCAUCAUCGUUCCACCAUCAACUUCGCUCUUCGCCUCGCUCUUCCCCUGUUACUCUGUUCCUCCUCUGGGUUCGAAGCUUCUGGAGAUUGGCGAUUUCACGAGCAACUCCUCUGGGUUCGAAGCUUCUGCCUUUGGUCACAUCCUAAAUCACUGUACAAAACAGAGAUGGAAUCCCAGGAAAGUGAGGCACCAUCGGCUUCUCGUCCUAGACGUGGAGGAC